GAGCAGCCGCCGGCGUGUGGGACCGUCCCCGUUAUCUCCCGGCGCUCCGCCGCCCGCCUCCAGCUGCGGCCCCGGGCAUCCCGGAGGGCGCGGCGGCGGCGGCGAUGCUCGGCCGCAGGGCACCGGGGCUGUGGAGCACGGGGCGGACAGACCGCCGGUAGCCGCCCGCCCCUCCCGGUACCGGUACCGGCAGCGGGACCCGGCCCUGCGGCCACCGCCCGCGGAGGAUGCUCCGGUGCGGAGCGCGGCUCCCGCCUGCUGGCGCUGCCCUGCUGGCGCUCUCGGAGCCCGCGGGGCGGGAUGAUCUCCCGGCGGGGACCCGGCGCUCCACGGACGGUCAGGGAGGAGGCGGCGGUGCCGGGGCCGCGCUCCGUCUCCGGCCGGCGGCUCUAGGCCAGCCCCGGCCUGGGCGCGCAGGGACCGGCGAGGCCGGUUCUGUUCUCCGCGGAGCUUCUGGCUCCGCGUGGCCGUGGGCGCUGCCCGAGCCCCCCCGCCCGGGGCAGUGAAGAGCCGCCGUCAGCAUCCUCCAGGCAGGCCGAAAGGUGGAGCCCGGCCCGUUCCCGCAGAGCGGCUGCUCCUGCUCCCCGCGGUCCUGGCGCGGUGCCGCCGGCUGCCCCGGGGCUCCGGGACCGGCCCCGAGCCGCCGCCCGCCGCGGCCAUGCCCUCCCCCACCGACUCCAAUCGCUCGCUGACCGGCCGCAGCUCCCGCAGCCUCACCCACCUCCGCCUCCAGCGCACCUGGCUGCAGGUCCUGCUGGUCCUGGGUCUCGUGCAAGCCAUCCUGGGCGUCCUCAUCGUCACCUUCAGCCUGGUGGCCGCCACCAUCACUCCCUCCACCAAAAUCCGGCACUCCUGCCCGUCCUGGGCCGGCUUCUCGCUGGCACUGUCCGGGCUCGUCGGCAUCAUUUCCUGGAAGCGGCCGCUCACCCUGGUGAUCGCCUUCUUCACGCUGCUGUCGGUGCUGGGCGUCAUGCUGAGCCUCGCCGGCUCCAUCCUGUCGUGCCAGAACGCGCAGCUGGUGAAAACCCUGGAGGCCUGCGAGAGGGAGAGGGACACGUGUGUGUGCUGCCAGGCCCGUUUGGAGCCCCCACCCGCCUCCUGCAGCCAGCAGAGCGAGAUGCUGACCAUGUUCCCCAACCCCAACUGCAGGAGCAUCCGUGUGGCACUCAAGGAUCUCCUCUUCAGUGUCUGCGGCUUGACCAUCUUCUCCACCAUCAUCUGCACGCUCUCUGCUGUCGUGUGCUGCAUCCAGAUCUUCUCCCUUGACAUUGUCCAUGUGCUGGUCCCACAGCGCUCGAGCUCUGUGACAUUGGAAUGCACCUCCCCACCUGACACCUUUCUGCAGAGCAUGAUGGACUUUGAGGAGUUUGUGCCCCCAGUGCCACCACCCCCCUACUACCCACCUGAGUACACCUGCAGCUCUGAGACGGAUGCACAGAGCAUCACCUACAAUGGCUCCAUGGACAGCCCUGUGCCCCUCUACCCAACCGACUUCCCCCCAUCAUACGAGACUGUGAUGGGGCUGCGGGGAGACAGCCAGGCCACCCUGUUCGACUCGCAGCUGACAGAGGGCUCCCACAACUGCACCUGCGACCGCGUCCCCUCCAUCGUGCUCAGCGGAGAAGUAUCCAUGGACAGCGGGUCCCUGAUCAUGUCCGAGAUCAUGGACAUCCCCGGGGACAGCAGCCCCUCGGAGGACUCGUGCCUGCUGGAGCUGCAGGGCUCCAUGCGCUCCGUGGACUACGUCCUGUUCCGCUCCAUCCAGCGCAGCCGCGCCGAUUAUUGCCUGAGCGUGGACUGCGUGCAGUGCAGCCACCACGCCCGCAGCCCCACGCUGGGCUUGCAGGGUCCCUUCGAGGAGAGACCCCAGCCCCGCGUGCGGGGCGAGCGAUCCUACUCGUGCUCCACCGCCGAGCCCGGCCACGACGGCAUCUUGGUGGGGGGAGCGGUCACCCACAGCUGCAAUCGGCUGGCGGGGCUGGCGCGCUGUGCCGGACCCUGCUUCCCCGAGGUGCGGCUCAAGGACAGGGGAUCCUCGCUGCAGGGGCGCGGCGCUGGCCGCCCCUCGGACACCGGCACCGGCACCGGCACCGGCCGCCCCCGGCGCAACAGCGAGACCUCCUGCCCCUCGUCCCCGGCCCCGGGAAUGGCCCCGCGCCCGCUGCUGAGGUCACACAGUGACCCCGGUGUCCCCAUGGCCAGCCACGCUGCAGAUUUCAGGGAAGUACUUUAUACCAAAGCACUGGAGGACACCGUGUCUGACUCCUCUGCUGAUACAGGGCUGUGCUCUGAGGCCUGCCUGCUCCGCCGUUCCCACUGUGACUCCCCUCCACUGCUCCGGGCUGCCUCGGUGGGGAAGAACAAGCUGCCACCCUGCAAGAAGGUGCCACAGCAGCUGUCAAAGACAACCACCCGCUCCCUGGGGGAUCUUAAGGGCUACAGGGGCACCCGUGGGCUGGUUGCCAGGUUCCUGCAGAGACCCAAGCGCAGCCUGGCAGCUGGCGUGGAGGUGUCUGGGCACAGCUUCCAUGGGCACAAACAGGUUCCCUGGAGCGCCUGGCCAGGUGCAGAGCGGCCCCACGAAGGAAUCCACCUGCAGAGCUGCGGGGACCUGAGCUCCAGCUCGUCGCUGCGCCGGCUCCUGUCCACGCGCCGGCUGGAGCGCAGCCGCCCCCGGAGCCUCAGCGGGACCUGCAAGGAGAGCGCGCUCUGAGGGCACAGGGACCCUCCAGUGCCCGCUCUGGGCUCAGCCCUGGACAUUGCUGCUGCCCUGCUGGGGCUGGGCCCCUUCCCCAAGCGGGGCUGGGGUGAGGGGCUGGUCCCCUGGGGUGUGUGCUGGGGGGCUGGGACGGCUGUGCCUGUCCCCUGCCUGUCUGGGAUGGUGUUAUGCCUGUUCCUUGCCCUGUUCUUUCUUCUGGACAUGCUCGUCCCUCGCCCUGUCCCUUGUGCCAGCUGUGCCUAUUCCCUGGGAUGGCCAUGCCUGUCCCCUGCCCUGUCCCAUGUUCUGGCUGUGCCUGAUCCACACACUGGCCAUACCCUGUCCCUUGUGCCAGCCGUGCCUCUACCCCGGCAUGGCCGUGUCUGUCCCCUUUGCCCUGGGGCAGCCAUGCCUGUCCCCUGCCCUGGCCGUGCUGUCCUUUGCCCUGUCCCUUUGGCUGGCUACGCUGCCUUGAUCCCCGGUCUCUUGUGCCAGCCGUGCCUGUCCCUUGCCCUGUCCCCUCCACUGGCUGUGCCCAUUUUCUGCCUUGUUCUUUGGCUGGCUAUGCUGGCUUGAACCUCGGUCCCCUGUACCAACCGUGCCUGUACUCCGGGAUGACCUUGCCUGUCCCCUGAUCUGUCCCUUGUGCUGGCCCGGUCACUGGCCUCCUGUGCCCGGAACUGCCAUGCCUGUCCCUUGCCCUAUCCCUGAGCCUGUCUCCUCUGCAGCCCGGCCGGUGUCGGUGCCGGUGCUGGUGCCGGUGCCGGUCUGGCCGUGCCUGUUCCUCCCCGCCCGGCUGCGCCCGGGCCGCGCUGCGGGGCCGGUCCCGCGACCACUGCCCCUCGCUAGAGACCGAAUAAAGGUGGUCGCCACCGCC